UUAUUGCUGAUGGCUAGUGAUUGCGAAAAAACGGUAUCACAAUCGUGAAAUCUUGGAAGCGUGAUUCAUUUACUCGUAAUCGUGUGUGGCGAAACGCGCUAGUGACGCGUCGAUGUGGUGGGUCCCAUGUCCGGCGCGGCAACCUAGCUCGUGUGUCACUUUACGGGCCGAGUAAAACGAUUUCAAAAACAAAAAGCAAAUAAAAGUUAAAAGGCGUGCAGAGAUAUAGGCAAUAACAAUGGCGACCGUCGACACACGUGACGUUAGUUUACAACAACAGAACCUCAUUUCACCAGUCCCAUCCGUGAACAGUAAUCCACUCGCCCAAUUGCUUCAGCACCAAACCAAAGAAACGGAAAUUGUUAGGGGAAAGGUGAAGCAACUGACAAAAUUCAGGGAGGAUUAUGAAGCUCUUAAAGCCAGACUGGAGACGCUGCCUGACAAAAUCUCACACGAAGUCAUGGUGCCUUUUGGAAAGUUGGCUUUCAUACCUGGCAGAGUCAAGCACACCAACGAGAUACUUUGCCUGCUGGGUGAAAAUUGGUUUGUUGAGAGAUCUGCCAAGCAAGCUGCUCAGAUGGUGGAACGUAGGAUAAAAGAAUGCGAUGAAACUCUGAAAAAGUUUCAAGGGGAGCUGAAGCUGAUGGAUGGCUGGUGUGACCAGACAAAGAAACUGAGUGAGGAACUUAACCUCAAUCAGGGAGUCAACAUCACCGAGACAGAAGAGGAUGAAGGAUGGAGAGAGGAGCACCGCAUCAAAGUCAGAGAAUACAAGCAGAAAAUGGCUUUGUUGAAACAGCAGGCUGCAGAAGAAUCUCAUGAAAGAUCAGAAGAAGAAGAAUUGUGGAGAAGGCUAGACGAACUAGAGUUAGAAGAGGAGUUUCAGCACGAGUUGGACUUGUUAGGUGUUGGAGAUGGCGAGUUGGAAGAAGAGGAUGAAGAAGUCAACGAAGGAGUGAAAGAAGAACAAGAAGAAGAAAGAAAAAAGAAGAGCGUGCGAUGGUCGGAAUCGCCCGACGCAGUAAAACAGUUUCGCAGGGACGAACUGAUCCUUCCACGGAUGUCUGGCACCGCCUAUGAAGACGACAACCAAGACACGUUGAAAAUCACCUUUAAACAUUCGUCUGCAUCGUCAGCUGGUUCCAACAAGUCCAAAUUUGUUUCGUUUAUUCCCGUUUCAGUUGAUGCCAAUAAUGGCGAUCCAUCGUCGUCACUAGUAUCGAGCCCGUCUGAGCUCUUUCGCAAGUAUAGAAACAGUCAAACAACGACAGACUCGAGUGUUGGCGAGUCGAUGGGUGCAGGCGAACCCAAAUCGAUAUUGAAAGUCAAAAAAUCGACGACGCCGGUGAUUGAGAUUGUGCAGCAACGGAAGGAAGAGCGGCCAGACGGUGGCUCGACUGCAGAUCCAGAUCGGUCCAGUUUUUUACAACAACAACAAAUACCCGCCGCCAUGGGUGAUGAGGUCAAGGAGAGAGGAGAAACAGCUUCCUCUUUGGUUGCAACAGCACAAGGAGAAGACGAAGAAUCCGUCAACACCCACCGACCCGUCAGUCGCUUCAGGGCGGCUCGAAUGAACAAGAAACUCUAAAAAAAAAAACAUUUAAAAUCUCUCCCCCUCUCUCUCCUUUAGAAAAACAAAAUAAUAAUCACAAUGUCUGGCCUGCCAUCUAACGGACCUUGGAUAAUGACGGAUGCCUCUUGCAUAGUCCACUUGUGUGCGUGUGUCUGUGUACGUGUGUGAUGGCAUGAAAAAUGGACAAAAGAAAAUGUUUGGAAAUUUGUGUUUGUUUUGUUGUACCAAAUUGUAUUGAGUGCCGAAAUGAAUCGGUACAGCAACGCAAAAUAAACCAAAAUAGACUCACUUUUUUU